GCAAUUUAUUGACACCGUUUUAGUCAUCAAAAAUCCGGCUAGUGGAACUGUGCCCGUUUUAAGAGUGCGGCAAAUUCGUUUAAGAACACGGUUCAUACAAAUUCUUUCGUGCCUAUAAUAUGUGGAUAACUUUCAGACACUGUAACUGACAUCUGUUUUUUUUGAAGGCUUUUUCAGAUACAAAGCCAGCAAGCGCGCGAUGAUACUGUUGGGCGUGCUUGGAUUGAUCACUGCUGCUCGUGUAAUACAAGCUAGCGGGAAGCAGCAGUUAUCUAGAUCCGUUUGCACUUCAGUUCUUUGCCGCCAAGUCGCCCGUGAAAUCAUCUCCAGCAUGGAUGAAACUGUUAAUCCAUGCGAGGAUUUCUACGCUUACGCGUGCAACCGUUGGAACAGCAGCAGCGGUCUAUCGCACACCGUGCUCGAUCCCAAAAUUUUCAAACAACUUCAAGAGCUGUUCGAAAGUGGAAAUUACACCAAUCCCACUGAAAAAAAAGCAGUGGAUAUAUACAACCAGUGCAUCAACGAGACGCGAGACAGGCCAUUCGACGUCCACGGUCUUGUGCGCGCUGUUGAUGACUUGUUUGGUGGAUGGUCGCUAUUGAAAGGCAAUCCAAAUGUGUCCGCUGUUCGUUUGGACGAAAUUUUCCUUCGUCUGCAGCAGAACAACAUUCAGUCCAUCAUUCAUCUUUCCGUAGAAAAAAACGACUUUUCCAGCGAGCAGAAUAUCCUGUUCCUUAGGAUGCCUCAACGCAUGUCGGACCGAUGGGGAUAUUGUGCCCGUUACCCCUCUCCUUGCAAUGCAACUGAGCACCUAAUGAACACAUGGACACUUAUUAUCUCCAGAUUGCUGAAAGUGGCCAAUGCAAGUGUCCACUGGCCAACGGUUGAAAAGCGGCUGGAGAAAGUUCUUAUGUUGGAUUUUAUGAUGGCAACUGACCCAAAGGGAUCGGUGAACUUUCUGAAGCGCUUAACAUUUGGUGAUCUUAGUAAACCGCCAUACCGUUCGCGAUUCUUUUCAAGCUUAAUGCCGCUGUUCAAUGCCAUGCUUAAAACAUCUUUGGUGAAAUUUCAAGCUACGACCGCUACUGAGGUUGGGGACAUGUUUCCACAGUACCUCCUCAAGCUGGAUCAGACGAUGGCGCAGCUGGAAGCGGACGGGGACGCGGGACUUGCGACAAUAGCUGAUUGGCUCUGGUGGACCACGCUCUACCACUACUAUCUUGUAUUUCAAGAGGCGGGAAACUGCGUGAAGGUGGUGAAAACGGCCAUGCCGUUGACUGUUUCAGGAAUGUUCUUCAAGACGUACAUACAAAGCAAAGUCGCUCAAAAGGCGAAUGUGUUAACAACCGAACUUGUAAACGCGGUUCGCGAUGCAGUUCUCUUCCAAACUACUUGGAUGGACCAUGCAACGCAAGAAGCGGCCAUGGAUAAGCUCAACCACACUCUUCAGAGUGUCGGUUUUCCCGAGGAGUUCUUGGAUAACUGGAAGCUAAUCGAUGACCUUUAUGCAAAGGUCAAACUGGAGAUAUCAUUCCACGACACACUACGCACCAUCGAUCAAAGCAACAGUUGGAUCACCCUGCAAAAACUCUCCCGCAUUAACGCUCGUAAUGAUCCUUUUGACUCUGCCGAUAUGACCGUGGUAUACGCCAACAUGUACCCAAACAGCAAUUAUAUUGUUAUUUCGGCGGCCACAUUGCAGCCACCGAUGUUCUACGCAAUCAACAUGGACAUUUUUAAUUACGCUCGCUUGGGUUUUGUAAUUGCACACGAACUCACUCAUGCUUUGGAUAUCGGAGAUAUGGAAUGGGGAAAAGACGGGAAACCGUUUAACUGGUGGACGAAUGCAACAUUGAGCAAUUACAAUGCGAGAAAGUACACUUUAGUCGAUUUCUACAACAAUAUCCCCACGAAGAAUGACAGCGUCGAUGGACGGCACACCCUCAUCGAGAACGCUGCCGACAACGGCGGAUACCGAGCUGCUUACUUGGCUUUUAGUAAUUUUAAGCGCCGCACGGGAUACCGCAUAAAACUGCCGGGCUUAGAAGCUUUAGAUGAGGACCAACUUUUCUGGUUAAUAGGGGCUCAGACAUGGUGCACCCGCAAUCCAGGAUCUAUCGACGGAGUGCACGCACCCUUCCGAUUUCGGGUGAUGGGAUCCUAUAUGAAUAGCGCGGAUUUUAAUGCAGCUUACAACUGUCCGCUGGGAUCCCCGAUGAACCCGCGAAUCAAAGCGUGGUAGAGAUAGCUUUGUCUCUCGAGAUGGUUUUAACUUUCGAGUAAGAUAGUAUCUGUUGCAAUGGCGAUGCAACAUAAAACCAUAUGACGGCUGUAAUUUGAAAAACGCUGCUGUACGCACUAGUUGGAGUUACCAACUACAGGGAGAACCGACUAGUUCCACAGUAAUUAAACACCCAUUGCUCUGCAACCCGAAAAAAACACUUUUUCUUUUUCGUAGUUAUUUAUUCCGUAUUGUAA